UAAUGUUCCGUGGGUAUAGAUGUGGGAACAAAUAGUGGGUAGGAGAUCGGAGUGAAGUAAAUGACCCUUGCUGUUAAUGGUAACCUAAAAGGAAAUAGGGCGGAAACUUGAUGGCAAAACGGUCACAUAAUACAUAAUUUCUAAAAAGGAAAGAAGCGCGCUAAGAAGUUUCACCUGAUAAUUUGAGCGGAAGUAGAAAAAUUCAUGCUUAACAUGAUAAACUCGAAACCUUAAUUGGUUCCUCAUUCCUUCGAUUUCUCGCUACCGCGCACGACCCAGGGAGCUCAAGGUGAACAUUGGAUCGACGACGAACGACGGUGAACACAGCAACCUCCGACGUCUAUUUUUCCGACCACUGUCAUUUACACAGCUUGCUACUCUAUUAUUACUGCAGAGAACAUGGAAGAGAAAACAUGUGAUGAAGGCAUUAAAGAUACCUUGGAUUCCAAGUGUCAAAAAAUUCCUGCUGUAGGGGAAAAAUUAAGUGAUUUAUCUGUUGUUCACAUGCAAAACAAACAACGUGUCGAGAACCACGAUUCAGUAGAUGAUAUUGGAUCUUGGACACCAGUGAAGAGCACCCAGCCUUUGAAGAGAGAAUUACUGAAAGAUGAAGCAUUUGAACUCUCAGAUGAAUACAAGACCAUGAUAGGGUUCUUUGAUUGUAUGAACAGCUCCUUGAGGUUGCUCCAUCUACGUAAAAAGUUGCCUACCUUUCAAAAAAUUAGCAGUCAGGUGGAAGUACUGACAAAAAGAAAGUUCUCAUACAACCAUCUUGCUCAAAUAAAAUACAUUCUUCCGGAAGCUGUUCAGGUUGAGAAGAUUCUUGUACAUGAUGAGAAGACCUUUUGCAUGAAGCCAGAUAUGAAAGUCAGACUACUACUGGAUAUUGUAGAAGCUCAUCCAGACCAAUCUCCAUUCGUGGCACUGCGCCAACUCUUCCGUGCUAGGCUCUUAGAUUUCUUUUACACCCAUCCCAAGGGUUAUGACAUCCCAAAAGCCAUGCUACCAGAACCAUUUAACCAAGGAAACCACACUGUUAUUCCACAAAAGUUGCCUAUGGAAUCACCCAAAAAAUGUCAUUCUCUUUCUGAGCUGGAGUUGCCAUCAAGCUCAGCCCAUUUGUCUUCCUCGUUCAGCAAGCACUUCUCUCAGAAGAAUAUUGCUCCAGAAGAAGAAACGACUCAAUUGCUAGCACCCAUAUUUCCUCUAUCAUCUCUAAUCUCUCAUAAUGAAAACAAUCGAUGUUUUGAACAAGAUAAAGGAUCUAUUCCUUUAGCUUCCAAAUCCUGUGGCAUCAAGUCCAAUGCCAUGCUGAUCUCAAGUCCUCAGUGUUCCUUAAAUUCCAGUGCAUGUGAAAGUCCUCUUGCAAAGCUCAUCUCAGCUGUAGAUUAUUGGAUGGUAGAAACACCUGUUCAAAAAACACCAAAGAGAUUAAUUCCUGAUUCUGACAGCAAGAUAAAUGCUGAUGGCAGAGAGACUCAGUCUUCAACUCAUUCAGCUGCAAAGAGGUCCCUGAACUUCUCACCUCUAAAAGGUGAUGGAAGUACUGGCCCUCAACCGGCAACAACAAAUAGGGUUUUGUUUGAAGAUGUCACAAGAUCUUGCCAUUCAGUUGCUCAAAAGGACAAGGAAAAUAACAGCUUCAUUAUGAAGGAUCAGAAUACGAGUAAAAAAAGUUGUGAUACACAGAAUAUUUCACUGCGUGAUUUAUUUGAUCUGAUACACAGAAUAUUUCACUCUGCCAGCAGUUGUUCAAUCACAAAAGAGGAGCUUGUGCACAAAAUAAUCUUGAAUAAUUUUGAUAUUGUUGAAAGAAGUGAAGUUGAAGAACAACUUGAGCUGUUGGAAAAGUUGGCUCCAGAUUGGAUUUGCAAGAAGUUGGUUCCUAGUGGGGAUCUUCUCUACAGAGAGGUGGAGUUUAUACUGCUGUUGGACAAGUUAGAGAAAACAAAAAUCUGUUCGACAAAUGAGGAUGGUCUGUGGUGGAAAGAAUGCAGGAAUGGAAAGUUUUCAGUGAACCUUUCUACUUGGCUCUCAUCAAAGAAGACAUGGCGAGUGAUCAAGUAAGAGUGGUGUGGGGGAAUCCAGUCCCUCCGAGAGUUGAAGCUUUUGCUUGGAUGAUCGCUUUGGAUAGUAUUCUCACUUCAGAACACUUGAAGAGCAGAGGAUUCAGCAUGUCUUGCUACUGUUACAUCUGUAAGUUGGAGGAAGAAUUUGCUUUCCACUUGUUCUUCUCUUGCAAAUGGGCAAACUUUAUGUGGAGAUACUACUCUUUUCCUUUUGGAGUUCCCACAUUCCAUUCUUCCUCAACAGCUUAGAUUUUCUCUUUUUGGCCAAGGUUUAGUGGUAGCAAGAAAGCCAAAAUUGUAUGGAGCUGCAUUCCAUUUGCAGUGUGCUGGACUCUGUGGUGUGAGAGGAACAGGAGGCUCUUUGACGAUAAAGAAAA